AUGGCUCUUACUCCGCGAUUGGAUCCGUACGUCAGACUUGUUUAUCGCUUCUAUGAAGCUCUCAUUCUACUCUCAAUCUUACUGCCUGUGAGCGGCCAUCAUGUUGUCUCGUCUAUCAACAACUUGAGCCUUCAAGAUGCUCGCAGGCGGUUUCUGAAGAACCUGUGCUUCAUCUGCGACUACGACAAAGGCGGAGACAGUACGACUGCUAUAGCUGUGGAAGAACGCGACGACGCAUGCAUUUUUUGGGUUUCGUCGAAUGAGGGAGUCCGAAACAAUGUGACGGAGUUUCUCCGCAACAUACUCGAUGAGCUUGGGAAUGCCAUCGAUCAACAGAAUGAUCAAAAUGUUGAUAGGGAGACAUUUCGUGUCUUAACUACGGAGUUCGCGUCGCCGAGAAUCAGGAAGGAAGCCAGAAUUUUGCGCAACGCUGCAAUGAGAUGUAUCGAACAUCUCAAUGACAUGAACGCCCAAGCUGAGAAUCUCAUCGUAUGGUUGCAACAUCUCGAUUUCACUGGGCUACAGAGUUUGGAUGUGUGCCAGCGUGCUUACCAAGUACGUCAUGACGAGGAAAUGAGCCUCGUUCAGUUCUACGCUCAAGACGACGACCACGACACGCAUCCGGGCCCCAUCGCACAAUCUUUUCGCACCGUCAGACAUUUCGUUGGACGGUUGGCUGCUCACAUUCGUGCCGUGGACCAGCUUCUCGACGAUGCAAAUCGCCUGCAGACGAUUUGGCAAAAUCGAUAUGAAGUUGAACGCGUGCAAAGACCUCCGAGUGCAACAGUCCCAGAGGCCGAUGCCCACAUGACCCUUCGAGGUGUUCUCAGGCGCUUGUUACCCGCCAACGAUAGGCGUUAUGAACCGUAUCUGGGUUUUCUCUCCCACAUGGAUGCAUCUGUUCAUAUUCAGAAUAAGCUGGAUCACAGGUUCCAACCAGGGGGGCUCAGGCUUUGUGUUCAUGCAGAGAUUCAGAUGUUGCACCACUUCUAUGACCAAGGCCGCAAGUUUAUCGCCAAGGAUCAGCACAUUGCUUGCAGCAAAUUUGCGUGCAUCUGCUGCGAGCUCUACUUUAAAUACCACCCCGCAGGCUUCCAUCUGCUAGGCACCCACAAGAGGGCAUUUCCCAACUGGGGACUUAUUGGUCUGUCCGAGGGUGCCAAAAGUCCUAGAUGGUUGGAACAGCAGAGCAUGAUGAGUUCUGUCAUCAAAGAUCUGAAAGACUUGGUUCUUCGCCAGAUAUCGGAGCUUCAAGCUUCGAGCAUGAACCACCCAGACUCCUUGACCCAGAUCACUGCUUCGUUAGCUGAUGUCGGUGAUAUGACUGACGGGGAAUGGGAUGAGGGGUUUGAGGAAAAGGAGCCAGAGGUGGAGGAGUCCAAGGAGACGGACGAGGCGGUGGGGCAAAAUGAGGAGGCGGAGGAUGGAGUUGUCGUUUUUGACGACACGAACGACGGUGAUGCUGCUGCGCAGUUCGAGGAGGUUUUCCUGCAAGACGAUGAUGGCGAUGACGAAGACGAAGACGAAUUGGAUCAAGGCGCCAAAUUGUAA